GUCCAAGCCCCGCCCUCCCCAGCCCCUUCCUGUCAAGAGGCAGCUGUUGUCUCCUCGGAGGCGCCUCCUGCAUCGACGCCUCUAAUUUGGACGAACAGAACUUGGCAGAGAACCAAGGGGAUCCUUCCUGUCUCUUGGAGGCUUCCUGAGAGCAUACAUGGAUGAGCAAGACUCAGCUGGCCCUGAAGCAGGAAGAGGCCCGGCCAUGGAAAUGGGGAGCAGUGCAGGAUUCUGGGAAGGCUCUGGGCAGAAGCUCCUGGGAGAGGAGGACACCCUUCGCUCAGAGGUGCAGAGCCAGCAGUUCAGCUGGUUCUGUUACCAGGAGGCUGAAGGACCCCGUGAGGUUUGCAGCCAACUCUACCAGCUUUGCCACCAGUGGCUGAAGCCAGAAAGGCACACGAAAGCGGAGAUGCUGGACCUGGUGAUCUUGGAGCAGUUCCUGGCUGUCCUUCCAGCGGAGAUGGAGAGCUGGGUGAGGGAAUGCGGAGCAGAGACCAGUUCCCAGGCAGUGGCCCUGGCUGAAGGUUUCCUCCUGAGUCAGGCGGAGGAGAGGAAGCAGGUGGAGAAGAAGCAGGGAAAGGAUGUUUCUGCAGAAACGGGUCCUGAUUCCUCUGAGGCAGAGAGGAUUUCGUUGGACACCAGAGAGAGGCUGCUGGGUGAAAGAAGGAUGCCGGCAAGACCUCCUCCUGCAUCUCUUCAUCCUGGUGGAGGGGAAGCAGCGGCUGAGGAACCGGAUCAGGGUCUAGUGUGCUUUGAAGAUGUCACUGUUUGUUUCACGGCGGAGGAGUGGGCGUUGCUGGAUCCUGCCCAGAGAGCUCUGCAUAAGGAGGUUACAGAGGAGAAUCGUGGUAUCCUGGCCUCUCUCAGUGGUGAUGAAUUAGAAAUUAAGAACCAGCGAAUCCAUGACAAAAUCCACGCAGUGGAGAACCCAUAUCAAUAUGUGGAGUGUGGAGAGAGCUCUCAUUCCUCCUCCCAUCCAAGAAAUCACAUUGGGAAGAAACCAUAUCAGUGCUUGGAAUGUGGGAAGAGCUUCCAUCAGAGGUCCCAUCUCACGGCCCAUCAAAGAAUUCACACAGGGGAGAAACCCUAUCAGUGCUUGGAAUGCGGGAAGAGCUUCAACAUGAAACAAAAUCUCACUACCCAUCAAAGAAUUCAUAAAGGAGAAAAACCUUAUCAGUGCUUGGAAUGCGGGAAGAGCUUCAGUACAAAGGCCUAUGUCACUUCCCAUCAAAAAAUCCAUACAAGGGAGAAACCAUAUAAGUGCUGGGAAUGUGGAAAGAGCUUUGACUGGAAAUAUAAUCUCACUUCACAUCAAAGAAUUCAUACAAAACCUUAUCAGUGCUUGGAAUGUGGAAAGAGCUUCAGUGAAAGCAUCAAACUCACUGCCCAUCAAAUAAUUCAUACAGGGGAGAAACCAUUUCAGUGCUUGGAAUGUGGAAAGAGCUUCUCUCGGAGCGACUCUUUCACUUUCCAUCAAAGAACUCAUACAGGGGAGAAACCCUAUCAGUGCUUGGAAUGUGGAAUGAGAUUCACUCAGAAAGGAAGUCUCACUUCCCAUCAAAGAACUCAUACCUGGGUGAGCCCACACAAAUGCUUGGAAUGUGGAAGGACUUUUAGUCAGGACUCCCAUCUCAUUUCCCAUCAAAUAAUUCAUACAAUGGAGAGACCGUAUAAAUGCUUGGAAUGUGGGGAGAGUUUUAGUCAGGAGUCCUUUCUCACUUCCCAUCAAAGAACUCACAGCAGGGAGAAUCAGAUUCCCCAAGAAUCAUUGGAUUGUUGUAUUGGAUUGGAUGGUGAGAGUCAUCUUCUCCAACCCCCUGCAAUGAAGGAUAUUCAACAAAAGAAUUCAUAACAGAUGGCCAUCAAACCUUUGCUUAAAAUCCUUCAAAUCAAGAAGAGUCCACCACCACCUGAACUUGUUUGUUCCACAGUCAAACAGUUCUUGCUGUCAGAAAGUUCUUCC